GGCGGAGCCGGGGCGCGGUGGGUUCCGGGCCUGGCUUCCCAGGACCGGCUGCAGGGGCGGCUCCAGCAGAGGCGCCGUUCUCUACGGGACGGACGCGGCGGGGCCGAGGCCCCUCCGCAGCGCGGGACCGAGCCCGCCACGCAGGCGCCGCGCCCGGCGCCAUUGUUGCCCGGGGCUUUUCGGGCCGCUCGGCUGCGCGUCCCCGGUCCGGCCACAGGGUCUCUUAGCCAUCCCUACAAGUUCUGGGCUCAGAGUUUGUAAGGAAGACUGCUAACUCUCCCUUGCCUCUGUCCUGACCCUGGCCGCAGCAGCCCUUGGUAAACGCCUUUGUAGUUCUAGCAUGCGACUUCAAGCAUUCGGCUCACUCCUGGAGAAAUAAAGGCUGUUGCCAGGUUGACUCUCCUGUGUGUAGCCAUGUUCUCCCCGAGCAAGAGGACGACCAGUUCGUCACGUGCCCAAGUCCUUCUAAUGUGGAAGCCGGACAAGGCUCAGAGUGGACCCCGCAGUGCUGAGAAGGAAACCCUCGCCUCAAGACUCUUGCGUGACACUGAGACCUGUCGGCAGAAUUUUAGGAAUUUUCCAUACCCAGACCUGGCUGGUCCUCGAAAGGCAUUGAAUCAGCUCCGAGAGCUCUGCCUUAAGUGGCUGAGACCCGAGAUUCACUCAAAGGAACAAAUCCUGGAGCUGCUGGUCCUGGAGCAAUUCCUGAGCAUCCUGCCUGGGGAGGUUAGGACUUGGGUGAAGUCCCAGUACCCGAAGAGCAGCGAGGAAGUGGUGACUCUGGUGGAGGAUUUGACUCAGAUUCUAGAGGAAGAAGCUGCUCCUCAGAGCUCCACCCUUCCCCAGGAGACCCCAGAGGAAGACCCCAAAGGAAGACAAGCUUUCCAGGCAGGGUGGCUCAAUGACUUCGUGACCAAAGAAUCCAUGACAUUCACAGAUGUGGCCGUGGACAUCACCCGGGAGGACUGGGAGCUCAUGCGUCCUGUGCAGAAGGAACUAUACAAGACGGUGACACUGCAGAACUACUGGAACAUGGUUUCUCUUGGACUUACAGUGUACAGACCAACCGUGAUUCCCAUAUUGGAAGAACCAUGGAUGGUGAUAAAAGAAAUUUUAGAAGGCCCUAGUCCAGAAUGGGAAACAGAAGCCCAAGAGUGUACUCCGGGAGAAAAUGUUUCUAAACUCACAAAGGAUGGAACCAGGGCCAUCAAGCUGGAAGAACCCUAUGCCUAUGAUGACAGAUUGGAGGGGCAAGCAACAGAGACCUUCAGGAGAAUUCCCACCAACGAGAGGGAUCUCAGUUUGAAGUCAGUCCUUUCAGAAGAAGAUGAUUGUGCAGAAGACUAUAAAUAUGAUAUAUAUAGAAGUAGUUUUGAAAAGCACUCAAACCUAAUGAUACAGUUUGAUACCCAAUCAGAUGAUAAAACUUCUGUGUACGAUGAAGGCAAGGCCACCUUCAGUCACGUCUCUUAUGGUAUCGUACACAGGAAAAUAUAUCCUGGAGAGAAGCCUUAUAAGUGUAAUGUGUGUGGGAAGAAGUUCAGAAAGUACCCAUCCCUCAUCAAACACCAAAGUAGCCACGCCAAAGAGAAGUCUUAUGAAUGUGAAGAAUGUGGGAAAGAGUUUAGACAUGUCUCAUCCCUCAUUGCACAUCAGAGGAUGCACACUGGAGAGAAGCCCUACGAAUGCCACCAGUGCGGGAAAGCCUUCAGCCAACGCGCACACCUCACCAUCCACCAGCGGAUCCACACGGGAGAGAAACCCUACAAGUGCGACGACUGCGGGAAAGACUUCAGCCAGCGUGCACACCUCACCAUCCACCAGAGGACACACACGGGAGAGAAACCGUACAAGUGCUUGGAGUGUGGCAAAACCUUCAGCCACAGUUCAUCGCUGAUUAAUCACCAGAGAGUUCAUACCGGAGAAAAACCUUACAUAUGCAACGAGUGUGGGAAAACGUUCAGCCAGAGCACACACCUCCUUCAGCAUCAAAAGAUACACACAGGAAAGAAACCAUAUAAAUGCAAUGAGUGUUGGAAAGUGUUCAGUCAAAGCACUUACCUUAUCCGACAUCAGAGGAUUCAUUCUGGAGAGAAGUGUUAUAAAUGCAACGAAUGUGGAAAAGCCUUCGCUCACUCCUCCACUCUUAUUCAGCAUCAGACCACUCACACUGGAGAGAAAUCCUAUAUAUGCAAUAUAUGUGGGAAAGCCUUCAGCCAGAGUGCAAACCUUACCCAACAUCACAGAACACAUACUGGAGAGAAACCCUAUAAGUGCAGUGUGUGUGGGAAAGCCUUCAGCCAGAGUGUACACCUUACUCAGCACCAGAGGAUUCACAAUGGAGAAAAACCCUUUAAAUGCAAUGUAUGUGGGAAAGCAUAUAGACAGGGUGCAAAUCUUACUCAGCAUCAAAGGAUCCAUACCGGAGAGAAACCCUAUAAAUGCAAUGAAUGUGGGAAAGCGUUUAUUUAUUCGUCAUCACUUAAUCAGCAUCAGAGAACUCAUACUGGAGAAAGACCCUAUAAGUGUAACGAAUGUGACAAAGAUUUUAGCCAGAGAACAUGCCUUAUUCAGCACCAGAGAAUUCACACAGGAGAGAAGCCCUAUGCAUGCCGUAUAUGUGGUAAAACCUUCACCCAGAGUACAAACCUCAUUCAGCAUCAGCGUGUUCAUACAGGUGCCAAACAUCGUAAUUAAUGCAUAUGGGAGACUUCAUUUAGGUUUUAAAACUUAACCAUUUAAAAUUCUAUUUUGUAUUCUGUGUUAGAAACAUUAUUCAAGAGAAGUGCAAUAUGGGUUAGAUUGUCACUCAGCAGAAGUAUCAGAAUUAGUGAUGUGGAUAUAACCUAUUUAAAUGUACUGUGAAAUUUAAGAAGAAAACAUUCACUUCUAAACCUUUAUUUGAUACCAGUUUAAUUCAUUCCAGAAAGAAACCCUAGGAAAGUAAGAGUACUCAAAAUCCUGUAACUCAUCAACUCUUACCAUGUUUCAAGUACUUCUUAAGGAGGCCUUACGUAUGUAACUUGGGAAAGCUUCCAUCCAGUAGAGCUUUCACACCAGAGAGUAAUCCUGGGGUAACAGAAAAAAAGCUGCUUUCAGGCCUUUAGUUCUUCUCAGCUUUGAAGCCUUAAAUAUGUAAAGGUCCCUCCCCCCUCCCUUUUUUUUUGCAGUACGCGGGCCUCUCACCGCUGUGGCCUCUCCCGUUGCGGAGCACAGGCUCCAGACACGCAGGCUCAGCGGCCAUGGCCCACGGGCCCAGCCGCUCCGCGGCAUGUGGGAUCCUCCUGGACCGGGGCACGAACCCGUGUCCCCUGCAUCAGCAGGCGGACUCUCAACCACUGCACCACCAGGGAAGCCCCCCCUUCCCCCUUUUUACUUCCCUUUACCUAUUAUGCCAUAACUGCCAUGUGGAGCCAGUAGGUUUGCAAAAAAAAAAAAAAGUUGAAAGUAUCUUAACGAUUUCUUUGUGACCACAGUUUACGCUUUCCUUUAAAUACUGAAACAUUAAAGAAAGAGAAGCUUAAUGAAAGAUGAUCUGUUAGGAGAAACUAAUGUGUCUAUAAUCCUUAGACAUGUGUACAAAUUUACAGGCAAAUAUUAAACCCCCAGGCUUAAUAUUUAAGACAUACUAGCCUUAGUUUCACUAGCUUUUGACACCUGUCAUCCAGAAGGAAAAAAAUAAGAAAACAAUUCUUUUUUUUUUCCACCUGACUCCAAAAUUCAUACCUUAAAGUUCCCCUGUGACUUACUGUAGAAAGUCUGUUUCUUCCUUUGAAACACGUUUCUUGAGUGCCUGCUGUGCUCAGGGCCCAAACUUCCUAACUGGAUUCUUCCAGGGCUUAAAUGCCGAAAACCACAGCUGAUUUAGGCAAUAGAAAGCUUUCUAAAGUAAUGAAAGAUAAAGUCAAGGACAUGAUGUUAACCAGUACGUCAUGGAAUGAACCUAAGAAACCUGCUAAAAUGGGUUGCCAGAUGCAGCCCCAUUAUCUUAAGGAAGUAAUGAAAGCAGCUAUUUAAAUAGUAUGAGGAAAAAAUAAGUAGUGGAAAAUAGGUUUGAGUUCAGUGCAGAAAGUGGGUUGGGGGAAAAAAUUGAAGACGUAAGGGUGAGGAAAGAGAAUACAGAGGCAACUGUUACAACUGAAGUGUUGCUGGACUUGGUUUACCUAAGAAAAUGAGUGACUACUUGAAUAAAAAAAAAAUUCAGCAUGUUUAUAAGAAGAAACUGAAACUGAAAUGACUGAUUUCAAAAGGAUAAUUGAAAUCGGUAUUCCUUGAAUGUGUAAGUACAAUAGGGAUUACUCUUAAAAUAACAGGGAAAAAAGUUUCAUUGGAAAAAGCAUUGAUGCAGAAACUAUCAUUGAUACAGUAAUCAUUCAACAAUAAUAAUUGAGUUUGUGGGGUCCCAAACAGCAUAAAAGGAAAACUGGUAGAAAUGCAAAUAGAAACGGGUGAAAAUACUAUUGUAUUUACUAUCCACAGCAUUGCACUCAGAAUUUAAGACCAUGUCCUGAGAGCUGACCUUUCCUCUUGCUCUUGUUUGUUUCUUCAGUGCCUUGCAUAUGGUAGGUGGUCAAGUUAUGUUGGUUGAAUUAAUGAAUAAAUAGUCAAGUUAGACUUGAGUAAUAAGGUAGAAGUAACUGAUACAGAGUGAAAUUGGCAAAAUUUUAAAUACUUUUUGGUGCAUACAUGCAAAGAUAUAUUGGUCAUUUGUUAGUGACAGGAACUACUUAAAAAUGAAUGAGAAUCCCCAAAUCUUAACAAUGGGGAUAUUCCUGAAAAAUCAUGGGACAUCUUUGCACAGGAAGUUUUCCUGAGCUAGGUGAGGAAAACCUGAUAUAAAUUCUGGUGUCAUAAAUACCAAUUUAAGCAUGUGCUGACCAUGCAGCUUCAUUUGGACGUUGGAAAAACCUGGUUGGCCGGA